AGGAGACGCUCGGCCUCCGCAGCAGCAUGACAGCGAUAAACAUCAGCGUCUGAGGCGAUGUUCAGAUUUGUUUGCCAUGGAGAUGGAUAUGAUACCGAAAUUCUCCUCGAAAGACGAGGAAAUUGACUUCUGGAAGGCUCUUUCCCUCAAGUACAAGAACGGCUGCCAGGAGGCUCAGGAGGAGCUGCUGGAGUUCCAGGAGGGGAGUCGGGAGCUGGAGGCCGAGCUGGAGGCUCAGCUGGGGCAGGCGGAGCAUCGCAUGAAGGACCUGCAGUCGGAGAACCACAGACUCAAGAAUGAGGUGGAGACGCUCAAGGAGAAGCUGGAGCAGCAGUACUCUCAGAGCUACAAGCAGAUCUCCAUGCUGGAGGACGACCUCGGCCAGACCAGGAGCAUCAAGGAGCAGCUGCACAAAUACGUCCGGGAGCUCGAACAGUCCAACGACGACUUGGAAAGAGCGAAAAGAGCCACCAUCGUGUCUCUGGAGAACUUUGAGCAGCGUCUGAACCAGGCCAUCGAGAGGAACGCCUUCCUGGAGAGCGAGCUGGACGAGAAGGAAUCGCUGCUGGUGUCUGUGCAGAGAUUAAAGGACGAAGCCAGAGACUUGCGGCAGGAGCUGGCCGUGAGGGAGCGGCAGGCGGACGUAACCAGGAUGUCGGCGCCCAGUUCGCCCACACAGGACAACGUGAAGAUGGACAGUGCUGUUCAGGCCUCCCUCUCCCUCCCUGCAACCCCGCUGAGCAAAGGUCUGGAUAACGCCUUCGCCAACACAACAGUGCUGUCGAAUGGUUUCGGCAGCAACUCUCCUCUGACUCCCUCGGCCAGAAUAUCAGCCCUGAACAUCGUCAGCGAUUUGCUCCGGAAAGUCGGGGCUCUGGAGUCGAAGCUCGCCGCCUGCAGGAACUUUGCAAAGGACCAGAAAGCGAGGAAGGCAUUCGCUCUGGACAACAGCAACGCGCUGAACGCAAACACGGCCAACUACAACUCGCAAGCACUGCACACGUCGUACUUUGACAAAGCCAGGACCGUGAACAGACUGGAACCUUCUAACCUCACGGCCAUCACCGCCCCCCCGGCUGCCUCCUCCCCGGGCUUAGUGCCCCUCGCUGUGUGACGCUAACUGCCCCUGGUAACCCCUCCCAACACACCUGCCCCGCCUCGGGGCAAAACAGGGAACACGGAUACUGUAAAACUCUGUACUGUUGCUCCGGUUUUCUCCUAGUCUUCCCACACUUUCUCUCUCUUGUGCUUCGUUCCUGCUGUAAUUCUGUCUGUAUAUUUAAUGUGUUACUGUGUCUGCUGUUUGCUCACUGAUGUGUACAAAGACUGAAGGCCUCUCUGCUUCCGAUCUCCCCUGAUUAGUGAAGUGCUUUCUGAGUGCACCAUAUCACCUAAAAAGCUAAAUAUUAUGCAAUUAGCGCUGGAGAAUCUGGUGAAGCAGUCAAAAUUAGUACUUUUUUUUAAAAACACAAACAGCUUUUCCCACCACUUUAAUUAGCAGUAAGUUCAGUUUAACCACUCAGACUCCCUGCUGAACGGAGAAGCAGCAGGUUUAAUGGGUUGUACAGAUGUCCUGAAUAAUUUCGUGCCACACGUCUCCAUCAAUUAUUGAUGUCUUAAAUCAUCCGACAUACAAACCUUGAUUCUUUCUGAGCGUUAUCUCUGGGUAAUGAUUUUGGCUUCUAACUGUUAUCUCGUGACCCUCGUGUUCACCACAUUUGACUUGUAUAUGGUUUCACUGCUGUUCUAAUUAAGAGGAGUCUUUGUGUCAUUGCGUUGAGUCAAACACACCAUCUAACUUCUGAACUAUGUGACAUGACGUGUACAGUAUUGGUCAUAUUGAUCGUUAUUAAUAAGCAGUGAUGCUGUCGUAGUGUUCAGACCAGUUAACCAGCAUUCUUCUGUUCUCUAGUCCAAGUGUUUUAUCCGACGUUCUUGUUACUUUAUUAUCACACAGCCCGUUUUCACUUCUGCAAAGUGAAGCACUUUGAUCUUGCGUUGAGUCUUUUUUUCUGUUUUUCUUUUUCAUUCAAGUGCAAUAUUGCCUGUUUGUUAUUGUUUGUGGGUUUAAUUUAUUUCACUUUUCUUUUAUAGCAUGUUUCAAUAAAAGAUGUAAUUAUACUCCACCUAUCA